GCUGAAAGGUUUCAGGUUAAAUACGAUGCGAUUUAUAUUAAGUACACUUCUUAUUUUAUUACAGGCUUCAAUAGUAUUCAGUCAAAGCUGCCUGGAGUCGAAACAACUGGAAGAAAAUUGUAGUAGCUACUGCUUUAAAAUAUUAAGGCCGGUUUUAGAUCACGCGGCCUCUUUGCAAAACCAUAUAAACAACGAUGAUAGUAAGAAAAUAGAUUCCCAAUCUAAACUUGAAAAAGUGGAGCGUCAACUUGAAGUUCUCCAGGGCAAGGUAGAAACCCUGGAACGUGUAAAUUGCAAACCAAGUGCUGGACUUCAAUCGAAAAAGUUUCAGAAAAUUGGAAGCAAAUAUUAUUAUAUUGAAGAAAACGAAUCGGUAAACUGGUUUAGAGCUGUGCACCGAUGCCAUGAAAUGGGAGCUCAUUUGAUAAGUCUGCAAAAUGAUAAUGAAUUUCAGGCAUUAAAAGCCAAAUUAAAUGUUGAUCGGAAUUAUUGGACUGAUGUUAACGAUCUCAGCCUCGAAGGGGAAUAUCUCUCGCAUACAACCGGUUUUAAAGCCCCUUUUUUAAAUUGGUAUCCCAGUAGCAACCCAGACAAUAAAGGAGGUAACGAGAACUGCGUCAAUUUAUGGAAUCGUCAAAAAACUCUUCGAAUGAAUGAUGCGCCAUGUUCCUCGCUUUUGAAUUUUAUAUGCGAGCUAUGAUUAUUAAUUUUUAAAUAAAGUAAAUGUUCGUGAAUAUG